AUGCUCUACUCUUCCAUCCUCGUCGCCGCCUCGGCUCUCGCCGGCUUCGCCUCUGCGCAAAACGCCACAGGCUCCUACGACACCCCCAUUCCAUGCUGCACUGUCCCCGCCAGCUCUGUGCCCCAGGAUGACAAGCAGACGUGGUGCAACGCCAACCAGAACACCUGCGUCGAACUCUGCGGUGGCCAGGGACAGCUUGCCAGCAACGGCAACCAGUGUGAUUCGCAAACGCUUGAGUUUUCUUGCGACUGCCGAAACGGUACCGAUGUGAGCGACCAGAUGGACGCCUACCAACAGACCGUUCCCGGUCUCAUGUGCCGCUACUGGUACGACCAGUGCAUUGCCGCCACCGGCUCCGAUGCUGCUGCCCAGUUCCAGUGCAACCAGGCCCGUGACAACGAGUGCGGUAACCUGACCACCCAGGACGCCACCGAUUCCGGUAACUCUGCCUCUGCUUCCGGCAGCGACAGCAGCCCAUCCGCUACCAGCAGCGGUUCCCCCGACAGCACCAGCGAGGCUUCCGCAAGCGCUGGCUCCUCUACCCCUACCGGUGCUGCCGGUCGCAUUGCUAUGUACGGCACCCCUGCCCUCGCUGGUGGUCUUUUCGCGCUUUUCGGCUUCGCCUUGUAA